UUGGUUUGGAUGCUCUUAUUCAUGGUCACCGGUUUCAAUUCCGCGUGUGUCAGUUACAUGGCUGACCACAAAAAAGGAAGUAUCUUGUGUUUGGUGUUUAUGUGAAGUGGAGAGGAGAGCAUCCCAGUACAGAUCACAGCCAUGUCAUUGAGAACUGUGGCUGUGUUUUUAUUGCUCCUUCCCAAUCUGGAGUUUGGUGUCCAGGGGGGCAGCAUCAAAUCAACAACAGGAGAUGGGCUGAACGACUGUAAACAGACCCAUUCCAUCCCAGUACUGGAGGUGCUUCCUGGCGGAGGCUGGGAUAAUCUCAGGAAUGUGGACAUGGGCCGUGUGAUGGACACCAGCUACCAUCAGUGCAAAACUACCGAGGACGGCGCGUAUCUCAUCCCAGAUGAGAUCUAUGUGAUCCCCCGAAAACACAGUGAAUUGGAUAUCAACUCGGAGAUCAUCAACAAUUGGAUGGAUUACACAAGCUCCACCGCAUCUUCGGUGAACGAACAAGUCUCCUUCUUACCCUUCCUGAACGGCAAGUUCUCCACCGACAGCCAGAGGGUCAGGACUCAUCAAGCGAAUGACAAGACGGUCACGGCCAGGAUUCAGGUCAGGAAUUCAGUGUACACAGUGAAGGCCUCGGCCUCAUUCCAACUCGACUCCAGAUUCAAGCAGCAGCUGUUGGCGAUCGGUAGCCAUUUGGAGAACAACCACAGCAGUGCUGCCAGCUACUUCACUGAGAUGCUGAUUGUCAACUAUGGCACACAUGUCCUCACUAACCUGGACGCUGGCGCUAAUCUGCUGCAGGAAGAUCAGGUGAAACAGACCUUCGUGUCGGACACCAGGAACAGCAAGUCCUCGGUCACCGCCUCUGUCGGCAUCUCCUUUUUUCAGAAGGUUAAUGUCGGGGCCGAGGGCUCGGACAACAGCACAGACCAGUUCACGAAGCGCUACGUGGCCAACAGAACCCAUUCCCGGAUAGAGAGCCACGGCGGCCUGGCCUUCUACCCCGGGAUAACCCUACACAAGUGGCAGGAAUCCAUCGGGAACCGCCUGGUGGCCAUCGACAGAUCCGGACCGCCGCUGCACGUCUUCAUCAACCCCCUGACGCUGCCCGAGCUGCCCGAGCCCACGGUCUACAAAGUGUCCCGAGCCGUGGAGCGCGCCAUCGCCCUGUACUACACCGUCAACACCCACCGCGGCUGCGUCAGCCCCGACUCCCCCAACUUCGAUUUCAAGGCCAACGUUGACGAUCACUCGUGUGAGAGCGCAGCCACGAACUUCACCCUCGGGGGUCUGUACCAGGACUGCGCGGCUGUGUCGGGGGUCGAUGCCCAGUCUCUGUGCCAAACCCUACAGCAGAGAAACCCGCUGACGGGGGGUCUGAGCUGCCCCGAGGGCUUCACUGCGGUGCGGCUCGGCUCCCAGGUCCUGGAGCAGAGCUACAGUCGGUACGAGUGUCGGCGCCGCUGUGACUCCUGUUAUUUGCUGUUGGAGUGUUGUGAACAGACCUGUGGAGACAUUUACCGGGUACGGAGAGCGCGCUUCACCGCCUAUUGGUGCGCGGCCCACGGGCCGGUCCCCCGGGCCUCGGGGCUCAUGUUCGGGGGUCUGUACACGCGGAGCAGCGACAACCCGCUGACCGGCUCCCGGUCCUGCCCUCCCGCCCACUACCCGCUCUCUCUCUUCCUCUCCCUGAAGGUUUGCGUCAGCGACGACUCUGAGCUCGGCUUCCGUUACUCGGUGCCAUUCGGGGGAUUCUUCAGCUGUGAGAGCGGGAACCCUCUGGCGGACACGGCCCCCCGCGCCCCCCCGGGGUCACUGCAGAGCUUUGUCCAACCGCCCCCGAGGGGUCACAGCCAAAGCUGCCCCCGAGGCUUCAGUCAACACCUGGCGACCGUCAGCCAGUCCUGUCAGGUCCUGUACUGCGUCAAAGCCGGAGUCUUCACUGGGGGGAAGUUGCCCCCCGUCCACCUGCCCCCCUUCUCCCGCCCGCCCGGCCUGACCAGCACCGACACCGACACCGACACGGUGCUCGUGCUGGGCGAGUCCCGGCCCUGGGUCAGGGUGCAGGGAUCACACGCGUGGAGACGGACAGAGGCGGCUCAGGGAGACCCCGGUGACCAGGGGAGGGAGGCUUCCCCCCGGGCAGGAGCGGCGGUGGGGAUCGCUGUGGCCGUGGCCGUCGCGGUGCUGCUUUUGAUGGGUUUCGCAAUGUACCGCAUCAAACGGUCCCGGAGCAGAGGUUACCGGGCACUCGGUACCCCACAGGCCCCCGGGGACGAGCAUAGCUGCGGCAGCUAUGGGACAACAGAGGCUGACAGCAUCCUCCUCCCCGGCUCCCAGCGCGCCACAGUCUGAAAUAAUAUUGAGAAUGAUCUUUGCAUUUAUAUCGUGGAGACGUCCC